UUGAUUUUCAUUUGUCAAUCGUGGAUGUGGAAUGUUUUGUGUUGUGAGUGAAUGGUGGUGAAAAAUUUGUGAAAAUAAGUGUCAUGUGGUUGUGCGCAUACCGGUAGAGAGUGAGAGCUGUGUCACGAGCCCAGCGUCACCCAGCGUGGUGGAAUGGUUCCCGCUCGUCGGCGGAGUCUUGUCGAUUAGCGGUGUUGAGGAGCGGGCGGCGCGAUGGGGAAGCUGCUGUCGAAGAUCUUCGGCAACAAGGAGAUGCGGAUACUGAUGCUGGGCCUCGACGCCGCCGGCAAGACCACUAUUCUGUACAAGCUGAAGCUCGGGCAGUCGGUGACGACGAUUCCGACGGUGGGCUUCAACGUGGAGACGGUCACGUACAAGAACGUCAAGUUCAACGUGUGGGACGUCGGCGGGCAGGACAAGAUCCGGCCGCUGUGGCGCCACUACUACACCGGCACGCAGGGGCUCAUCUUCGUCGUGGACUGCGCCGACCGUGACCGCAUCGACGAGGCCAAGCAGGAGCUGCACCGCAUCAUCAACGACCGCGAGAUGCGCGACGCCAUCAUACUCAUCUUCGCCAACAAGCAGGACUUGCCCGACGCGAUGAAGCCGCACGAGAUCCAGGAGAAGCUGGGUCUGACGCGCAUCCGCGACCGCAACUGGUACGUGCAGCCGUCGUGUGCCACGUCCGGCGACGGGCUGUACGAGGGCCUCACCUGGCUCACCACCAACCACAAGUUAUGAGCGCCGGAGUAGGGCGCCCGCCGCCCGCCCUAGCUCGCCGGCCGCCGCCAGGUGAAAGUAGGAUGCCAUGUGCCGCGUCGUGCCGCCAGCCGCCCGCCGGCCGCCCGCCAGCCGCGACGCCGGCCGCCCGCGGGCUGCUCGCGCGGGUGCGGACUGUGCGGUGUGGACUGUGCGUGUCGCGCGACGCUAUCGAUUAUUCCAUUAUUUAAACUAAAUAGAGCUUCGUUGUAUCUUAUUAUUGAUUAUUUUUUUAUUUUAUUUAAAGUGUAUGUAAUUACGUAGAGUAAAGAUUUUUAAAUGUUUACCUCCAUGUUUUUGUAAAGUUAGCUGUUAAUAAGGAUUAAGAACGUCCCGCGAGGAGGGACGUCCACCGCGCCCGCGGGCGAGCGCUCGGCUCGCGCGAGAGCGCGGCUUUUAUAUUGUAAUAUUUGUGAAGCAAUAAGAUGCACGACCGAGUGAAUGUAAAUUGGCUCCGUUUGUAUGUUAAAGUAGAUAGCGAUUAGUUUUACUGUACGUAGGUAGACAUAAAAUUGUGAACGCCGGUGUCGGUCGGGGCCCGGGGGCGUCUCGGGCGUGUCCGAGUCGUUGUCCGAUGCCGGUGUGGAGCGGCUGUAGUUACACCGCCGCGCGCCGGAGCCCGCAGCCCGCAGCCCGCACACAUUCUACAGUCUACACGAUCAUUCUUCGUGCAGACUUCAUUUUGGUUUUGAGCGGUCGCUGCACUAUUCCAAUGCUCGCGAAUAUAAAUUAGCACUAAUUAUUGUAAACGGCAGCAUUAUUUCUGUUAAUUUUUUCAGCCUUUUCGCUCGCCCUGACCGAAGUUUUUUUUUUUAUUUCCUGCACCCGGCGAAGCGACGCGUGCCGUGGUUCGCAUCGUUCGUUUGUGUUUAUGAUAUAUUUUGUCGAGACAGUUUUGUUCUCUCGUUAUAUUUUUAUAGUUCUGUGAAUAGGGUUAGGAGUAUAAUGUAAAACUGUGGAUAUGCGCCGGGCGAAAACCACGGUACCGAAUGAUGCAUUUCGGACACAAAUAGGCCGUAAAGUUAAUCAUCUACUAUGCUAUGAAAUAUGUAGUGAAUGAAUUAAGUAUGAUAAAAAAAUAUUUGUAUACAACGAGUACCUCGAAUUUUGAGUACGUACGCGGGGUGGGCAUGCGUUCGAAUGUUUAAACGUAAUCAUGUAAAAGGGUCCAGUUCGCUCGUCAGCUAUAGUCGAACACAGUCAAUAGAAUAAUGCCUGCGCGGCGUCAUGUUUAGGGUCUCGAUUGUGAACCGCGCGGGACGGGAUGGGGCCUCUCGGCGAGAGUUGAAGGCUGGAUAUACGCGGCGGUGCGAACGCGCGGUUUCGCGGCUACACAGCGAGAUAACGAGCAAAUGUGUGUAUGAGAAAGCGCGACCUCGCGGCUACUUAAAUAUAUUUACUUGUAUAUUUAAUUGUAGCCGUCGAACUGCGCGUUCGGGCGAGCGCUUCUAACCAGCCUAACUUGUGGAAAUCUAGGGACACGGUGGUGUCUAGAGUCUAUAUUAUAUUGACUGUAUUCAACGGUACACAAUAUCGGGCUCAGUUGGACAUGAUAAUGUACAUAGUAUGAUGGUACUCGCACAUACCACCCGCUACUAACAUCGCAAUAGACAGAACAACCGGUAGGCCGACUUAGAAGCGUUUGACAUAUCGGCUGGCGUGCGCCGUGACUCUGUCUCGCUUAGCCGUUCGUAGCGUGCACGUUACGUAGAGGACAGCAGCUAUACUCGCGCCGAUUCGACAGUUACUUCGAAGUCGGCCUACGGGUUCGUUGUGUCUAUUGUGAUAAUAUCGAUAUGAACACAAACUGACAUCGACUAUGUAGAAACAAUUCUAUAGUAAGUUUGAUAGUCCGAAAAAUAGUAUGUACGAAUCAACAAAAUUAAUAUAUUUAUAUAAAAUGUAUAUUAUUAUAUUAGUUUUACGUUUUGUAACGCUUCGCUUGAGCUUCUGAUGUGUUACGGUUUGUGAUGACGUUCAGUUGUAAAAUGUAGAUUAGGAGGAGCCGCACUAACGUAAUAAUAUUGUAAUGAUCCCCGCUCGGGCCUCCUCCCGGGGGGGGCGGACUCGGGGCGCGCCCGCGCGUACGUCGCAGCCGCUGAGUUCGUCCCUCCUGGGGGCGGUCCUACACUAGGUUCUACAGACUCGUGUCUGGGACCAUCUGAUUUCAUUAUUGUCGACGAGGUCACGGUGGAAGGUCGUGCCCGAGAUGAGUUCGUUCACCGCCCGUCGUUGUAGUUUUGAAUGUAAAUCGUACCUCAGAGGCCCGCGUCCCGCUCACCGAACGCUCCUACUCCUAUCAUAUAAAAUUCGCUAUUUCCAAAAGUGAGUGGUUCUCCACGUCGGCUCCAUCGCUCGAACGAAUAUGCCGCUUUCUGGGAGGUUCGGUGCGUUUAAAACUGCCGCGGCUCGCGACGCGAACUACACGCUGUCGCCCCGUCGACUCCCUUGACCUUUCGUUGUAGAUGUGUAAUUUCCCACCACAGAUAUACUCAAAAUUAUUAUGUAUAAAUCGUCCUCUGUAUUAAAUUCAGUAUAAAUUGUAUAGUUUUCGUUUAUAUAACUGAAUACACAAAAUUGAUUUUAAU